ACUACAAUUUCCGUCGGAAUUAGAGCUCUGGACUCAAAGAAAGAGUCGAUUCCAUAAUAAAUUGAAGAAAAGAAUUGAAUCCAUUACUCUUAUGAUCACAUGUUUUGGUUAUUCGGGAUCCGUUUCUUUCACUGAUAUCAAAGUUUCGCCAAUACUUGGUAACUGUUCUCACGAUAACUGCACUCAAAUAGAGACGACUGAUGGGAUCGGUCGCUGGUGUCAUAACACAUAUAAACCCAUCGAUAUAACUGAUACUUUGAGAUACGAACCAAUGGUCAUCUCUUUAGUCCCUAUUCAUAGAACUCGUCAAAAAUCUGACGUGACUUUUGUCACUCAGCUAUCAAUGGAUAGAUUAAUAGUGUUGGAGCGAAGUCUGCAGUCAUGGGUGGGACCCGUCUCUAUAGUUAUAUUCAUUCCCCUUAAGAAUGUUGGCGAAGGUAUACAAGAGUGGCACAGACUUUAUAUAUCAAAGAAGUUGAAAAUUUUGAAUCUAACGCAUGAAAGUCACGUGAAUCUGGUGUCAGGACUCGAGAGCGACGAAUAUCCUAUCAAUGCAUUGAGAAAUAUAGCCAUAAAACACGUGAAGACAAAGUUUAUGUUCAUAUCGGACGCAGACUUUCAGCCGUCGCCUGACUUUAACAAUAGAUUUAUGUCUAUAUUAUCCAAACAUGAAUAUACAUCGAGAACAGCGUUCGUUGUGCCGGCUUUUGAAUAUUUAGAAAGCCCU